UUAUUAAAGUAAUCGACAUAAAUUAUCGAAUCGGUUUCUCCAAUUUCUCAUACCCGAAGGAUGGAGUCGACAGAGAUUGACGCUUUUAAAAUCCUCAAGCGGUACUUGAAGGCUUACGGCGUAAACAAAACAAGCGGAAAUAACGUUUUAAAAAAAAUCCAUUUCUUUUUGGUCGUGUUGAUCUGCCUGAUCGGUUUGUUCGGCUUCGGCAGAGGUGCAAUUUACGCAAAUCAGGAGUUAUCGGAUCGAUGCAUUACGAUUGUAACAACGUUCUGCUCGGGGUUCGCCGCUGUCAAAAUUACCUAUCUAUACUGGAACAUCGACGACCUCAACCUUUUGAUGGACUCUCUGAAGAGCUACAACCCGGACACUUUUGUCACAAAAGCUAUAAGGAAGUUGUUGACAUCUUAUUCCCUGAUGAUGAGCGGGAUGAUCCUGCUUUGGGUGUGCACGCCGUUGGUCUUCCUCCAAAGGAGGAUUCCCAUGUACUUCUCCGCUCCAUGGGAAAGCGAAUCCUGGCUCGGGUUCAUUACCGAGUACAUCUUGGCGAGCGUGUGCCUAUUGUGCGAAGCACACAUACACACAAUGAUGGAUAGCUUUGUCAUGUUGCUUUCGUUGCAAAUAUCCCACAGGCUGUACUUACUGCGGCUUAGUCUUGAGCACAUCGGGUCCAGCGGGAAGAGCGAGAUGGAGGGGAUGGAGGGUACCAUUUACAAAUCCAACCCUUUGACAACAAUUCAACUCUGCGUUGACGAACAUGUUUUUAUCAGAAGAUUGAUGAAAGCGUACGAAGGGCUGGUCUCUGUCGUCUUCCUCUUCCAGGUCUUGAUCUCGACAGUCAUCAUCGGCAUUGUAAUCUUCUCAGUUACUACGCUGGAAAAAACUGUAAACGAGAUUAUCAAAUAUGUACCAAUAUUUGGCCUCGUUUACAGCCAGAUAUUCUUGUACUGCUGGUCCGGUGAAAACAUUUCAACACAUUACAACAACCUUAGCUUUGCCUGCUAUUCGAGUAAAUGGUACCAGCUGCCGGUGACACACCGCAAGCAGAUCUUGAAAUUCCAGCUUAACUCGACUAAGCCGGUAAAAAUCAGGGGUUGGUACAUCACCGACAUGGCACUGUCAACAUUUCUAGCUAGUGUGCAGCAGUCCUGUUCCUACUUCAUGAUUCUUUAUCAGUUCGUUCUUGAGAAGUGAAGUAGAAAAAUGUAACUAGUAAAUUGUAGGAAAAUUUAAUAAAACAUCUUACCAGCACAGAA